CUGACUUCUUCUUUCCCUAUAAUGUUAUCUGCAUGACACAUGGUGGGAAACGGAGUAAUGUUUUGUUUUUGUACUAUAUAUGGCAGGUAACCGCAUUCGGCAGUACCGAGUAUAACUCAGAGCAACAUAGAUGAAAAUUAAUAAUUUUCCGUGCAUUUAUAAUAUAGCUCAAAAGCAUGUCUAAUAGAGUCUUUAAAAAACUUCAUGGUGAAAAAGAUCUUGCAACAGCUCUUAAAAUUGAUGGCUUGAGCGAAUCUGAUGACGGGGGAACCAGUCUUCGUAGUUCUGUGGAAAAGCCUGUAAACAAUCGCUUUGAAUUGCUGAACAGUGUUGAACAUUCAUUGUCUGAUACAGAAGCAAAGGAAGAUGAUGAUCGAGAAAAUGACCCUCCUCAAGAUGGCCAAGAAAGGAAUAAAUUGGAGAAACAAGAUUCUACUCAUAGUACAGAUAGUCUUAAACGUAGGAAGAAGAAAAAGAAGAAAAAAUUGAAAAGUCAAAAGAGUACAGAGGAAAAUUUAGAUGAUGGAGAAGAUGAAGUUGAAGCUUCUAUCAGAGAAGUGAAUAAAAUGUUGGGAGAACCCGAACCUUCUUCUUCUGAAGCAGCUUUUAGCCGGCAGUAUCAUGAGAAGCCUGGUCAGGAAAAGUCAGUUUUAUCUAUAGAUCUGAGGAAUUUAAAUCCUGAUAAUGAAAUGAAGAAAUUAUUUGGAUCAAAAGUUGUCCAGAAUGAACAAGUUAAAAGGAAAGGAAGAGGCAGAACACAUGGUAGGUCAACUGUUCUAGUAUCUCCCAAAAAUUGGCCUCAUUUAGGAAAACCAGGAUUAUCCAUGUGUUUAUUAGAAACGAAAGAUGAUAUCCAUUAUUUCGCAUUUGAGCACAGUAAGCAAUAUCAGUCAAUACAACUCCAGUUCAUAGAAGCUGUUGAAAGUUUUAAUCCAGAUAAUAUAGUGGCUUUGCUCAACACGUAUCCGUAUCACAUUGAUGCCUUGAUACAAUUUAGUGAUAUCUGUAAAAUGGGUGAUGACUCUCAAAUGGCUGCAGAGCUGAUUGGUAAAUAACUUUGUGAUAUUUGUUUUUAAAU